AUGUGCCAUAGUUCCUUCUACCCAUUCGCCGCUUUAGGUUCGAGCGGAAAUUUAUACGUUGGUCUAGCUGGACGAGCUAGUGAGGAUGGUGAUCUUGACAACUUCAAGGAUGAGGGCAGCCUUGGCUAUGGCCGCUUAAGGGCCACCAACAGCGGGUAA